AACAAAAAAAUUCGCAUAGUUGACGUUUCCUCUUUCCGGCUUACGCCAUUGUCAAACACGGACGUGUUAAAACAUGAGUGCGAAGAUCGAAGGUUUCGAAAAUUUCGAUGAGGGCGAGGAGCAGCCGCAAGUGUUCGAACAAGCACCGGUAGUGCAGCCUGCAGAGCUACCGGACAUCAAGCUGUUCGGCCGCUGGAGCAGCGACGAUAUCCACAUUUCGGACAUUUCCGUAUCAGAUUAUAUCGCUGUGAAGGAAAAGCAUGCCAAAUAUCUGCCUCACUCGGCCGGUCGGUAUGCGGCCAAGCGAUUCCGUAAGGCUCAGUGCCCAAUUGUGGAACGUCUUACUAAUUCCCUGAUGAUGAAGGGACGAAACAACGGCAAGAAAUUGAAGGCAGUCCGCAUUGUUCGUCAUGCUUUCGAAAUCAUGCAUUUGCUCACCGGUGAAAAUCCGCUGCAAAUUGUGGUACAGGCUAUCAUCAAUUCGGGACCACGUGAAGAUUCGACACGUAUCGGCCGUGCCGGUACCGUGCGUCGUCAAGCCGUCGAUGUGUCGCCACUGCGCCGUGUAAACCAGGCUAUCUGGUUACUGUGUACCGGAGCCCGUGAAGCGGCAUUCCGUAACAUUAAGACUAUUGCUGAGUGUUUAGCUGAUGAGCUGAUCAACGCUGCUAAGGGUUCAUCCAACUCUUACGCCAUCAAAAAGAAGGACGAACUGGAACGUGUCGCCAAAUCCAACCGAUAAAAACAUCCGUGGUAUUCGAGGCUGUUCCAUCCGGACAGCUGGUUUGAGGCGGGUUUUCAUCUCCUUUCCAUCCAACGGAGAACGCACGCUAUAGAACGCGUGUGUGUGUGCGCAUUAGAACAUUUUUUGAAUUUGAGAUCCCAAUUGCUAACUUUAUUGCGCGACGUGAAUAAACAGAACAACAAUGUGAAAACUCAAACUGAACCGUUGUAUAAUUUUGGCGAAUAUGCAUACCUUGAGAAAUACUGAAUUAGAGUUGACAAUUUAAUUUAUUGGAAUUUUGUGUUGAUCUUUUUUUUUAGGUCAAGCAGUCUAGGGAUAGUGCCAAGGGCUUAACUAGCUCGUCCAAUCGGAAUAUAGCACCGAGCGAGCAGGUGUAAACUCUUUUCGGUUGUCCAAGCGGUUUCAUAUCUCAACUUAGCUGGAUGAUUUUCGUUGCCAAGGACCAAAGACCGUACAGUAUGAACCUUCUUGAAAAGUGGAUUGGCAUUUUUACUGAAGACUGCUGGCUUCCAAGUUACUCGUCGGAAGCCGCUCUUCAAUGUAUCAGAGAGGUGAAGCACAAAUGACUUUGGUGUAUGGAAUUCACUGCAGCUUAGUUUCGGAAUUGAUUUUCUCAAAGAUUUUUGUAAAAACACAGACGCAGCCCUACGUCAAAACCUGACACUGACACUGACAAAGACAAACCUUUUGAGUCAUAAUGGAUCCAAUGCUGCAAACAACAAAAAUGGCGAGUUCCAGAAGUGGUGCUAACAUUUUCUAUACAAUGAGAAG